AUGAUCACCGCCAAUGCAAGCACUGCAAUCCCAACUGUUGAACAAGACAUGGUCAUCAACCUGAAUGUCACUGAAUACAGUGUUCCUUAUUUCACAGCUCCUUAUUUCACAGUAUAUAUUCAGAUCAUGUAUGUCCUAAUUGUCUUUUCCUGCCUGUGCGGACUGAUGGGGAACAUGAAGGUCAUUUGGCUUCUCAGCUUCCGUAUUAAGAGGAAUACUUUCACCACUUACAUCUUGAACCUGGCUGUAGCUGACUUUGGCACCCUUUUGAGUGUGCUUGCUUAUAUUGUUGAUGUGGCCUGUUCCUAUCUUAUUCGGGAAUAUGAUGAACAUUCUACUUUCUAUAAAUUCACAGAUGUCCUUGUUUUCUUCACGUACAGUGCAAGCAUGUAUUUUCUAACAGCCAUCAGCCUGGAGAGAGCUCUCUCCGUGCGGUUUCCAAUCUGGUACCGAUGCCGUCGGCCAGGGAGGUCUUCUGCUGUCGUCUCCUUCCUGCUCUGGUCCCUCUCUGGACUGCUUUCUGGAAUGUUACUGUUAAGCUAUCUUUGGGAAGCAAAUUUCAUUGUGAGCACGAACAUUAUUUCCAUUACGAAUCUCUUGAUUUGCACUCCGCUUAUGAUCGCCUCCAGUUUGACGGUGUGGAUCAUAAUCUGCCGUAACUCUUGGAGGCGCCAGCCAUCCAAGCUGUAUGUAGCUAUCUUGGUCACUCUCCUGGUCUUCAUCGUCUUUGGCAUUCCUCUGAGUGUUUCCCACUUCUUUUUUUACAACACGGAAGGUUUCCCUCUAGAAGUCCUGGAAGCCACUUAUCUUCUGGCAGCUGUCAACAGCAGCGUUAACCCCCUCAUUUACUACUUGGUUGGGAGAGACAGGACACGUCAGUCCAGAGAGUCCUUGAAGGUGGUGUUCCAAAGACUAUUCAAGGAUGACACCGAUCCCAGGGAAGGUAAUUAG